AUGGGAAAGAACAAACCCUUUUGGACACCGGUCCUGCUCAUCGCGUUGUUGUGUGUGGCUAUGCAGUCGCCCGUGGUGGAGGCCGAUGUUGUCGCAGUCAGAGCUUCGGAUGCGCACGCGCAGCAUCACGUGCAGUCUCGCGCCCCAGCACCGACGGGUUACUCUGCCUUAGUCGUUUUUGGUGCAUCCUACGUCGGUAAGUACUACGACCAAGCCCAGAUCGAAUUUAUUAUUCGAUCGUCUCUGAUUGUUGCCAAUUUUGAUGAACAUCAGAUAACGCCCACCCCCGAGCGGAUGUAUACAAAAGCUCGAUGAGAAAUUACUACCCUUACUCCUCCGCGGGAGGUCGCUACUCGAACGGGCCGGUCGGUGUGGAGUACAUGGUUGCUUCGGGCACCAGUCCCGCACUCAAACAGCAUGGGAAAAGCGCCGUGAAACUGUUUAAUUGUCAGUUGGGAAUUGGAAUAAGCGGGAGAAAAAAAUCUUGGCGCAUGGCACGGACCCUCAUCUGGUUUCUCUGAAUUGAUUUGGCAGACGCCUAUGGCGGCUCGGUCAUUAGGAAUGGACUGGGCGAAGCGUCCAGCUCUUAUCCGGCAACAAGAGAUCAGGUCAGUUCUGUGGUCGGCCGUGCACCAUGAAUGUGCAUGAUCUGAAGCCAUAUGGUAUCGUCUCUACCCAGGUCGCCGCGUACAUCAGUGACUUAAAGCGCUCAAGGAUCGACAUCGGGAAAGGUCGUGUGCUGCACUUUUUCAACACUGGUGAGCUCGGUAGAGUUCUAGAGGCUUCAGGGUCCUCUCUCAUCUCUCGUAUCUUCUACGAAAUACCACAGGUAUCAACCCGGUCACUCAGAUCUGGUUGAAGGUCCUCAACGGCAACAUGUCAGUAGCGAGCAUGAAUACAGCUCGAAACAACAUCAAGAGCAACUCUGCAGCUCUGGCCGAAUUCAUCACUUCGACAAGUCAAUCGGUCACUGGGUCAGUUCUCUCGCGCAAGAGAACGCGACCUGGUAGUGUUGUUGACAUAUCGCCCUACUUUGGCCACACACAACGCAUCAGCUCGGUCGCUGCAGCUGAUUUCCUGAUCGCUGGUAUCCCUCCCCUCGAGAUCGUCCCAACCUUCGGCUAUCAGAUUCCUUCUACUUACACCGCAACACAACGUGCACAAGCCCUUUCAAUCCUCAAAGACCUAUCGGCGCGAUUUAACUCGGAUGUGCAAAGAUUCGUAUCGAGCUUCAAGCCAACAAGCAGCAAGGUGUUUUACUACGAUCUCGCAGCUUUGGUGAGCCAACAGCCACCAGCAUUCCCUUCACUAGGUCUCUUUUUCUUUCUUGUUCUGACUACGGUCGAUUACUGCCCUUCGUCGUACAGUGGAGAGACUUGACCAACUCACCGUCCAAGUACGGGAUCAAGGUCAUCAACAAGACGUGCUAUGACUCGACCUCGGGAGCCGUUUGCAUGAAACCGACGGAGUACAUCUAUUUUGACACUUUGCAUCCCGUGACGUCGGUCCACAAGAUUUGGGCGAGCAAGAUGAACGCGUUGGUCAACGCCUCCUGA